AUGCCGUCAAGCAGCAUCCACGGUCUGGCAAGUGCAGCACGCAAUCGAGAGGACUACCAUCCGAAGUUGAUGCGUCGAGAGUCUGUGAUGCAUCAGACGCAAGAAGCUGUGGCCACGUCCACGAGUUUCAAGUCGCGCAUGAUCUAG